GGCCCCGCACCGUCCUCCCCGGGGGCUGGCAGGAAGCAGGCUGCCGGGCGUCCGUCCCAUCAGGGUGAAGCGGCCCCUAAGUUCAAUGGCCAGGGCUCCAGUUUCUAACACAUUUUCCGGAGAGGACCGCACUGCCACGCUGCCUAUCGGAGGCCUUAGCUAUGUCCAGGGUUACACCAAAUUCCGUCUGAUCAACAAGACCGUGGGGCGUUGCCUGGACGUCACAGCAGAGAAGUUCCCGGACCGAGAAGCGCUGAUCGUCGUCCAUGAAAACAUCAGAUUGACCUUUGCUCAGCUCAAGGAAGAGGUGGACAAAGCUGCCGCUGGGCUCCUGAGUAUCGGCCUUCGCAAGGGUGACCGGCUGGGCAUGUGGGGACCCAACUCCUAUGCAUGGGUGCUCUUGCAGCUGGCCACCGCCCAGGCGGGCAUCAUUCUGGUAUCUGUGAACCCUGCCUACCAGGCUAUGGAACUGGAGUACGCCCUCAAGAAGGUGGGCUGCAAAGCCCUGGCGUUCCCCAAGCAAUUCAAGACCCAGCAGUACUACAACAUCCUGAAGCACAUCUGUCCGGAACUGGAGAAGGGCCCCCCGGGGUUCUUGAGGAGUCAGAGGCUCCCAGACCUGACCACUGUCAUCUCGGUGGACACCCCUAUGCCAGGGACCCUGCUCCUAGACGAUGUGGUAGCAGCGGGAAGCAAAGAGCAGAAUAUGGCCGAGCUCCGGCACGCCAAGCUGUUCCUGUCCUGCCACGACCCCGUCAACAUCCAGUUCACCUCGGGAACGACAGGAAGCCCCAAGGGGGCCACCCUUUCCCACUACAACAUUGUCAACAAUGCCAACAUCAUAGGGGAGCGCAUGAAACUGCACCUGAAGACACCAGAGGAGUCGAGGGUGAUCCUGCCCACCCCCCUGUACCACUGCCUGGGUUCUGUGGGGGGCACAAUGGUGAGCAUGAUGCACGGUGUCACCCUCAUCCUGUCCUCUCCGAUUUUUGAUGGCAAGAAGGCGCUGGAGGCCGUCAGCAAAGAGAGAGGCUCCUUCCUGUAUGGCACCCCCACAAUGUUCGUGGACAUUCUGAACCAGCCAGACUUCUCCAGUUACGACAUCUCAACCAUGCGUGGAGGUGUGAUCGCUGGGUCCCCUGCACCCCCCGAGGUGAUCCGAGCCAUCAUCAACAAGCUGAACGCGAAGGAGCUGGUGGUGAGUGGCGGCUGGGCCUGGGGCUGUGGGAGGGAGGCAGGGCAGCCUGGGGUGAGAACAGAUGUCGGGGAGUGGGGCUGAGCCAGGCCAGGUCUC